CUUCCUUCCAGCAUGGCCAAGAGUGCAGAAGUGAAGCUGGCGAUCUUCGGUCGGGCUGGCGUGGGCAAGUCAGCUCUCGUGGUGCGCUUCCUGACCAAGCGGUUCAUCUGGGAGUACGACCCAACGCUGGAGUCGACAUACCGUCACCAAGCUACCAUUGAUGAUGAAGUGGUUUCCAUGGAGAUACUAGACACAGCUGGCCAGGAGGAUGCCAUUCAGAAAGAGGGACACGUGCGAUGGGGCGAGGGCUUCGUGCUGGUUUACGACAUCACGGACAGAGGCAGCUUCGAGGAAAUGCUGCCGCUUAAGAACUUGCUGGACGAGGUCAAAAAGCCCAAAAACGUCACCCUGAUCCUGGUAGGGAACAAAGCAGACUUGGAUCACUCCAGGCAAGUCAGCACGGAGGAAGGUGAAAAGCUGGCCACGGAACUUGCGUGUGCUUUUUACGAGUGCUCAGCCUGCACGGGAGAGGGGAACAUCAUGGAGGCCUUCUACGAGCUGUGCCGCGAGGUGCGGCGCCGCAAGAUGGUCCAGGGCAAGACUCGGAGGAGAAGCUCCACCACCCACGUCAAGCAGGCCAUUAAUAAGAUGCUGACCAAAAUCAGCAGCUAAAGAGAGCUGUCCUAAGCCAGAGAAGUGUUUUAGAGCGUGUUAGCUUGGAGUAGGGAUGGGGCAAGCAGAGUUUAAUGAGAAAUGGUCAAAUCUUUGCAAUGAAGAAAAAAACCACAAAAAGACAAACGCCACCACUUUUUUGAGUAACACGGAAUCAUACUGUUUUCCUGUUUUGAAAUGUAUUUAGCCACACUGCUUCUGACUAAUGUGGGGAAUAAAAAACAACAAACAAACACCAAAUGAACUCCAAAUGACUAGACAGUUGUGGGGAUUGGCAACCAAGAGAGAAUCUUCUGCUUCUACGUGGCUAGCUCCAAUCCCCUGCAAGUCAGUAGUGCCUAAACAUCACUUCCAGCCAGACAGCUGCUCAGUAGCCUUUGGAGAGUAAGAUUCAGCCCUCAGUCCAUCAACA